AUGGUAUUUUGGUGGAAAAUUUCACGAGGAUAUACCUACGGAUUUUCAUUUGAAACGUAUCUUACCUGCCAAUUCAGAAAUCCUCAGGAAACAAUUAUCCACGAAGGUUUUACGUGGGGAUAUGGUUCCUCCAAUAAAUCCGCAGGUGUUGCCGCUCUUGCUUACCUCUAUGAUAAUCUUCGCGAAGUGAGCAUGCAUCAUACUAGAACAGUUUCUGGACUCUCUCCUAAUUAUGUUGAGGACUACCCUAGAGCACUUAGAUGGAAGCCAAAAAGGGAUAAGGGUUUGGUUCUUUCAUUUAGGAAAGCUCUUGACGAGAUUGACGUUGAUCAGGGUCCGAAGAUGUAUGCUCAUCUUCCAAACAGGGUAUUGCGUCAAUACGGUCAUGUCCAAAUCAUUCCAGACUCACCGUUAGAGAUAGUGAGUCAGACAACCACACUAGAUGAAAUUGACAUUAUAUUUACGCAGUACGCUGUACAUAUAAUGGAUGGUAGCGCAGUUGUACAGGGACCGGUAGACGGCUCAAACAAUUUAAUGGACUGCUUUCGCAUAAUUUCUCAUCCAUACAUCAUUCUUAGAGAACCCGUCGAUGAAGAUCCUUCGGUUGUAGAACCUGCCGCUAAUGCCGCCUAUGAAGCAGUUGACAUAACUGUAUAA